GGGAGGGCUUAUAGGCGACAGUUUACGGGGUUUAUUAACAAUAGGUUUAGAGACAGACAAAAAUUACUUUACGAGAUUAUCUGAAUACUAACUAGUAGCUCUGAUUUUCAAAGAAUUCCAGCAAGUUUUGACAUUUUCUUUUGCAUUUAUUUGAUGUUUCAGGUUUUUCGCACAAGAAUGAGCCGAAUACACCUGGCUACCCAGCAUUCCAUUCGAAUGGGUGCCGUGAGUGGUGUUAAUCAGUACUUUAGAGGUCGGGUCACGUGCCUGCAAAUAUAUGGAAUGAUGUUGACCUCCAAUCAGAUAGCGACCAUAAAGAAGAAGUGUGCUGCUAGGGACCAGAAAGAUCCUUGUCUUUCCAGCCCAUGUAAAAAUGGCGGAAGCUGUAUCUUCGAUUCAAAAGAUAAAACUGGUUAUCGUUGUCGCUGUAAACCUGGUUAUCGUGGGCAUAGAUGUGAAGGUAAUAAAUCAAUCAAUGUUUUUCGUACAACAAUGAGCCGAAUACACCUGGCUACCCAGCAUUCCAUUCGAAUGGGUGCCGUGAGUGGUGUUAAUCAGUAUUUUAGAGGUCGGGUCACGUGCCUGCAAAUAUAUGGAAUGAUGUUGACCUCCAAUCAGAUAGCGACCAUAAAGAAGAAGUGUGCUGCUAGGGACCAGAAAGAUCCUUGUCUUUCCAGCCCAUGUAAAAAUGGCGGAAGCUGUAUCUUCGAUUCAAAAGAUAAAACUGGUUAUCGUUGUCGCUGUAAACCUGGUUAUCGUGGGCAUAGAUGUGAAGGAAUACCUACAACAAGACCAACAGGAAUACCUACAACAAGACCAACGGGAAGACCUACCACUAGAUUAACAGGUUCACCUGCCCGAAAGAUUUCAACUACAACUGCAGGAAAGUCCACCACUCCAUCUGGCACAGGACGAGUUACCACACCAGGCGUUAUUACGAAUAUAGACGGAUUCAGAAUAGAAGUUGUGGAGUACAUCAACCGAUUCCGACGACUCCACGGCGCAGGCCCGCUUAUCCUCUCGACUCGCAUUUCCAUAGCCGCUCAGAACUGGGCGCAAACGUUGCUCAGUCGUGGCACCACGUCGAUAGAUCCGAACACGAGUUACGGCACGAAUGUCUUCUCAAAGGUUGGUGCUCGAACGGGAUUGGCUCAAACGUCUGUGGUCACAUGGUACACUUCAGUGAAGCAUUAUGACUGGGCGAGACGACAGUUAAAAGUUCUCGCGUUGCCUUUCAUUCACCUUAUAUGGCUCUCAAGUAACUUUGUAGGCGUUGGAUUGACCAGGUCGCGAACUGCAAAGUUUUUUGUUGUGGUGUACUUUGACCCAAUGCCGGGAAAUAAACCACCAUCUUUACUGAAAGACAACGUUCUACCAUACACAGAUGUGUUCAUCCUGCUGCAGAGUGCCAUAGUGUCUUGCAACCCUGGCUAUACGAAUGAAGACGGCACUUGUUACAAGUAUCACUCAGACAAGCAGAAUUGGGACGGAGCAUUGUUCCAGAGCGCAAAGGAAAACGCUACCUUGAUAUCGUUUCACAAGACAUCAGAGGAAACUUUCGUACAGAAACUGGUCCCUACAGGAAAAACAGGUUUAAUUUGGACAGGCCUGAACGAUCUGAUUACUGAGGGAACUUAUACUUGGUCUGACGGCACCAGCGUCGAAUACACCAGCUGGAAAGUAAACGAACCAACUGGAUCAAAAGAGGAUUGUGUUUGCAUUGAAAUGUCCAGUUACGGCACCAUGUCCGAUGCUCCAUGUACUGAGCCUCAUACUUACAUUUCAAGGCAACCACUUGAAGGUCUCAUAACAUAUCGAGUGAAACUUCAGCUGGUUUUCUUACUGUGGACAGAUGACUAUAGCCAAACGACCACACUAUCGUAUAUGGAGCUGAAACAAAAGAUAGAAACACUGCUGUUGGAAAUUUUUAAAAUCGACACUACUUUUGUAUCGGGAUACGUCGAAGAGUUCACUAAAAGUACGAAGCCAUCCCCUCAAACAUCAACCAAACCAACAAAGCCCGGAAUAACGACACCUGGUUCCCAGACCACCACAUCGUCUGUCUCCGUUGCAACUGGCAGACCAACGACCAGACCAACACUGUUUUCACCAGGAACCACGCAGGCCACAACUCCGGCUUCAAAGCCAACUUCGAGUGGGACCUCCAAUGUGAAGCCCACAGUAACAGUGUCAACCAUUCUGAAGUUUGGUCCUGGUGUAGCUCCUGACCCAACUAAGCCACUUCAAGACCAUUUGAGGAAGAACCUUGGGCGACUUUCAGCUCCUCUAAAUCAAAAAUCGCUUAUUCAGUCUGUUAGGAUAGUGCAUCCAGGCGUCCCACCAGCCGUCUUGGGAACUUGCACCUCAAGCUGCCUCACAACCUGCGUCGUGUCUUGCAACCCAUUCUGUUGUAACUCAAAGAUAGUCGCUGCCAAUAACGUCCAAUACACCGGCAUGCGACAUGCAGUGAUAGCCCAGGCAGCCCCUAAAGGAUCGAUUCUUCCUCGUUUGUUUAAGUACCCAAUGAGCCCACAAGUUAACAUGUUUCCUGCGCAAACUGUAGCUCCACAAGCCCGGCCUGUAACUGUGCCAGUAACUCUGUCCGUGAGAUGUGUUCCAACCCUACAGAGACCUUGUCCACCUGGAACUCAAGCUGCCCAAACGAUACGGGGAUCUUAUAAAAUGCCUCAGCCGGGAAUUCCCCGGAGAAUCUUUCAGCCGCAGCCACGUCCAGUACUUGUCCAGCCACUGGUGUUGCCUGGAGCUCCUAUUCUCACGCCAAAGUAUUUGAAUCGGAUGGCUAUACAACCACCAAGACCUGUACAGCUACCGUGUAUCCCUAGUGCUUACAACAUUUGUCCGCCUCAGAUGAAUCCCCCUGUAAAGGCAACGAAAGUAACAGAUCCUCCACAGCAUAUAAUUCAUCUGCCACCUCCGCAGAUGCAACUACCAUGUAUUCCUAGCCUUUACAAUCCUUGUCCACCUCUCAUGAGUCCCCCUGUUAAAUAUAAGACGACAAAAGUAACAGACCCACCACAACAUAUAAUUCAUCUGCCACCUCCUCAGAUGCAACCACCAUGUAUUUCUGGCGCUUACAAUCCCUGUCCACCUCUCAUGAGUCCCCGUGUUAAAUAUAAGACGAGAAAGAUAACAGAUCCACCACAGCAUAUAAGUCAUCUGCCACCUCUUCAGACGCAGCCACCAUGUAUUCCUAGUGCUUACGAUCCUUGUCCACCAGCGAUAAAUCCUCCUACCCAGACUACAAAAGUAGUGGACCCACCACAACACGUAAUACAUCUGCCACCCGCACCACCCGCACCUCCACCACCUUCAUCAAAUUUCUUUCCCAUGCCAUUAUCUGUUCCUGUACUGUGCAUUCCUCGCCCUUUCUAUCCUUGCCCGCCAACGGCUGGAGCAAGAAAGCUUUCGAAACCCUCGCAUAUGAAAGGGAAGUCUCGAGCUGUCAUGCCUAAACCAAUUGUAGGUUCCUAUCCAGUUCCUUAUGGAAAACAACCAUAUUGGCAGCCUCCAGUUGCAUCAUAUACCCCGUUUGCCCCACCAGUGAUGCCUCUUUCCCUAUUGCAGCGACCAGCGCAAUACACACCAAAUAUGUAUGGCUAUCGUACUCCGUUUCAAGGGUAUCGCCCUCCUGUAUGGCCACAGGUUAUGAGAAGGCCCCUGGUGAUGUCCCCUUGGGUUCCAAUGCCUCAGCGCCAGUAUCCUCCUGUCAUGAAACCAGUUCUAGAUGACAAGCCAAAACAGAAACCACCUAGACCUAUUCCAGCCAAAGGGCCCAUUUCUCUAAAAGGCUCUAUUUUAGUGUAUCCGAAGCCAAUACCAGCUAUUCCUCCUUCUCCUCCGGCUGCGGGUCCAUGUAUUCCUACUAUAAAUAAUCCCUGUCUUCCCUCUCGUCCGUAUCCUAUGGGACAAAACACUUUCUCCAUGAUGAAACCCUGCAUCCCUUCCGUAGCGAAUCCCUGUCUUCCAAACACAGGAAACAUACCAACAAAGCCCCCAACAAAACCAGACGAGAGUGAGGCAAAACCUAUCCUGUUAACAAGGCCACUGCAGGUGCAAGGGAGUGUAUAUUUCAAUUUUCGCCCACCUCCUCAAGGAUCAGCUGCCCGUUCCUCCGCCCCAGUGCCAUGUGUUCCAACUGCGACUACGCCGUGUUCACCAUUAAUGCCACCACGUCAACCUUUUAUGCCACCAAGCUACGUUGCCUCGAAGGUCCUAAAUCCUUUCUCUAACCUAAUGACUCCCAAAGUACCUCAGCCAGCUAUUGGGGGUGUUGUUCCUGCCCUUGUCAACCCGAAUGUACCAAAGAUUCCUCCUGCAGCUCCACAUUCAAUUAUUGUUCAGCUUCCUGAAAUUUCCCUUCAGGCAGCCCCAGCGUCGUCUCUUCCACGGCCUUUCAUUCCUCCCCAGCCGUAUACACCAGUCUUUCCAAGCAAUUGCCCCGUGUCAUGUACUCACUUUCCAGGUGUUUUCUGUCCACCAUAUUGCGCAAGUUACUGUUGUAAAAACAGAGGUGGAAACCGAAAGAAUACUAAGAAGAAAACAGAAAAGAAAAAGAAGGAAGUUAAAAAAGGAGGAAAGGGGACAAAAAAGAAAACUAAAAAGCAAAAGAGCAUUUUGAAAGUGAAGAAAACUAAAAAGGGGUAAUUUUGAUUUUAUUUGUUAGUAAGUCGGUACAUAGUUAGUAGAGGUCGGUAUAAUCAUUGUUUUCCAGCGGAACUAACUGAAUCUAUUAAUGCAACAAACACACACCAGCGACAGAAGCCUCACCUGAAUUCCUACAGAGGAAAAUUCUUGACAUUCCUCUCAGUCUCACAUAUGGAGAGAGAAACAAACAGCCACCGCAACUCGGGCAUUUCUUCUCUAAGCAUGUAAAAUUAUGAUAUGUUUUGAAAAAACAGGAUUCGUUUGUAGAACGAUUUAACCAGUAUCAAAUCUAGCUCGACAUGAGUGGCUAGCUAUUAGAAUAGUUUAAUAAAUAGACAUUAAAAUUAUUCAAGGUAUCGUCCUUUUGUCGUCAUUUUUACAGCUAAUACUUACUAAGUAAGCUAAAACGUUCUCGAGGCGUAGUAUAUUCUGUUUUAUAUAGAAAUACAUUUACAUUUUUAUCGCUGAUUUAUGUUAUACAUCUUAGUGCUCUUGGUGCUGAAAUUCAUUUAAGAAAAGCAUCCGUUCAAGAAAUGCAUGGAAAAAUAAAAGACAGAGUAGUCUUCAAUUAGAGUCUUAAUGAAAGUUAGGGAACAAAAUGAAAUAAUAACUUGACGUAGAUGAAUACCUCAAUAGCACGAGAAAAGUACGGAAUAGACAGAUAUAUCUUCAGUUGUAAAGUACGUGUUAAAUUCCUGACUGAGUUAGAAAUGGUGUGAGUAAACUAAUAUAGAAUACCAUGGUGCUGUGAAAAGAUUACUGAAGGACUAUAGCGAUAAUCCAAAAAAAUCAGUUCCCUUAUUGUAGUUAAAUAUAAAUAAAUCCAUGCAAUUCAACGCUGAAUUUGUCUGUUUUGUCAUUUAAAGAUUCGUCUGUCGAGUCAAUAAAACAAAUCUCAAACUAACGUCAAUACAUUCAAUUGAUGUUAAGAAGAUUUCGCACAUAAUUUUGAACAAAUAGAACCCAUUUGAUUACAGGCGAGUGAUAAAAUUUGGUCCAAGGCCAAUAGUGCUCGGCAUCAAAUUCAUAGUGCACAAAAAUGAUCCCUUUUUAAUUGUUCAUUCCAAUUACUGAGAGAAACUGGAAUAACUGUGACCACGAUCUAAACUUUACGCAGAUAUUUCGUUUUCCAAUCCUUGGAGAUACUUGUCUGUAAGAGUUCCAAGAUACAUAGUUCCAUCUCUCAGAUAGAGCAAACCAAGUUCGAAGUGAAAGCCAGUGGAAAUAUGCUAGUUUGUUCACAGUCUAUUAUGCAAUUAACCUGAUGUGUUACGGCGUUACAACAAUCAUUCUAGGCAAUACGGCGCGGCGUGUAAUUCUGGGUUGAAAAGUAUCUCCUAUCACUCGUUCCCAUUUUUCCUGGUAUGUCUACCCAGUCCCCAUUUGGUUUGGCGUGACGUGAGGUGACAAGAGAUGUGCACUGAGCUAGCAAAUCAAACAGUAAGUAAACGGGACGUUUUGGGAUUCACAAGCAAUUAAAUGGUGUUUUUUAAUUCAUAUACCAGUGACCACAUACAGUGUACGUAAUCCUAGUCUAUA